AUGAAGAAAGCGGCGGAGGACGCCCUUUACUCCGGCGCGCCCAACUUGGCCGUGACCGCAAUGUGGACCAUCCGCUACAUGAAGGAGACAGCCGUCUGCCGACAGCAGGACAACCAGGGCGCCAUCAACCAGGACAGCGGAGGCCCAGCUCAGCAGCCCGAGCCAGCGAGAAGCAACGUCCCGCUGCAGAUCUUGACGGUAGGGGGAGGGCAGUAAGCUCUCCGAUGGGCAUCCACUGAGGUCAUAGAUGCAGCGUCACCCAAGCCAGGACAACCUGCCACUAGAUGUGGAGCAUGAGACGCCUGAGCCCCCUCCACCAGCGUACUUCCCGUGGAGAAUAGAACCCUCGAGCAGACCCUCUCCAAAGCCGACAAUGCCCUGA